AUGUGGAGCCCACAAAAAGGUCCUACACGAUUGUGGGACCUUAGGUUUAGUCAUAUAUUUAUUUUACCUAUAAUGUUUAGUUUAGUCUUAGCUGGUAAUGAAUUGUGGCCCAUGGAACGGCCAGAGGGAAUGCCAAACAUAGUGUCUUUAGAAGUGAUGUGCGGUAAGGAUCACAUGGAUGUACAUUUGACAUUUUCACAUCCAUUCGAGGGCAUCGUCAGUUCAAAAGGGCAACACAGUGAUCCGCGCUGCGUUUAUGUGCCGCCAUCGACGGGCAAAACGUUCUUUUCUUUUCGGAUAUCGUACUCACGCUGCGGCACGAAACCCGAUUUGCAUGGACAGUUUUAUGAAAAUACGGUGGUUGUGCAAUACGACAAAGAUUUGCUGGAAGUCUGGGAUGAAGCAAAACGCUUGCGCUGCGAAUGGUUCAAUGACUACGAAAAGACCGCAUCGAAGCCACCAAUGGUUAUUGCCGAUUUGGAUGUCAUACAACUGGAUUUUCGUGGUGAUAAUGUUGACUGCUGGAUGGAGAUACAGCAUGGCAAAGGCCCAUGGGCACCGCCAGUUAGCGGCAUUGUGCCACUAGGUUCUACACUUACACUUGUGGUUGCCAUCAACGAUUAUCGCGGUGAAUUCGAUAUGCGCGUCAAGUCGUGUGUCGCUUCUGAUGGUUCCGGUCAUGUUAUCAAUCUCUCCGAUGAAUUCGGCUGCGUACUACGCCCGAAAAUGAUCUCACGCUUUCUGAAGGCGCGCGCGCCCGAUGAGCGCGCCACCGUCAUAACCUAUGCCUUCUUCCAUGCCUUCAAAUUCCCCGAUGCGCUGAGUGUGCACAUUAAAUGCAAGGUAGAAAUUUGCCGCCAUGGCUGUCUGGAUCACUGUCAGCUCACCGGCAGCGUUAACGAGCGCAAGGAUGUGCUUAUGAACGACGCUUUGGGUAACCAGAACGAACUAAGUCAAGAGAUGGGACAUGGCAUACAUGGCGACGAACAACAACCGGCACUGGGCGGCAUGCCUUUGGGUGGUGGCGGUGGCGGUGGCGGUGGUGGCGUUGGUGUUGGUAUGGGCGGUGAUGGCGCAAUCGAUCACGAUAUCUUCUACGAUGACAUCAUACACAAUCGCAAACAGCUGUCAUCGAUCAACAGCGGCAUUGCCAACAUACUCGAUCAGUUUAAUUUGCAUGAAAAGAAUGCCAAUGCCAAUCUCUCGCCGCGUCCGGUACACGAAGAGCCUGAAGAUUCCGAUCUUGAUUCGCUGUUCGGCGAAGACGAAUUAGCCGAUUUGGAUGAAGCUCAAUAUAUGGAAUUGAAGAAGAGCGGCAAAUUCCCACAUGGACCACGUCAAUUGGAGGCGCAAAAGCGCAUGGGUGUGCCCAUGGCCGGACCACGUUCGCUAGAACCCAAAUCAAAUGAUGAUGCAGCACAUCCCAUUUACCGUCCUCAAGCGGAAGCACUGAAGCGGCCACGCGAAGAUCACAUUGACCUCGAUGACGAAAACGAUGAGCUGCUCAAGCAUAAGUCGAAUCACACUGAGCAAGGUAGUGACGAAACGAAGUCGACACGUCGUCGACGACGAUCGAUCGUCAUUUCCGAUCGUAAGGUGCGCAGCGCGGAUGUUGGUGUUAGCGGUCUGUACGAUGUCAUCUCGGAAGCUGAUCUUGCCUUCUCGCCAGACUCGAAACAGGAAGCGGUCACCGUAUUUCAGGGCAAAAUAAGUGAGGAGGUUGUCUAUGGCAUUUGCAUGCCGGUGCCUGGCUUCAGCAUACUCUUCAUUGUCGUCAUUUCGGCAACAAUUGUAUCUGCGCUAAUCGCCGGUUCAUUGCUCUAUCGUUAUCAGCUGCAAAAGGAGGCGCUCGAAAAGCAAACUCCAAUACCGGCGCCUGGUACAUUCGCCUCUUGGAUGACUCUACGACUUUUCCGUAUGCGACAUUUGCAGGAACAACACGAACGACAGCAAAUUAGUGCUGGCACAGUUGGGGCGGCAGCAGCAGCAGCGGGGACGGUAGCGGUGGCGCACGAAACCGUGCAGUAGAGAGUGCGAUGUAGCGAAAUUGUCGGAGUAGCGAAAAGUAUUGGGAAAGAGUCUUAAUAAGGUCAAUUAGACUUUUAUUACAGAAGUUCUUAUACAAAAUUCAAAAUUAGGGCUACGCAAAUAUUUACAAAAUACAUAGAUAUGCGCUGAUGGCCGUUUCCGGAUCAAUGCGUCAACUUUGACUGAAAGAAAACCCACGAAGAAAAAAGCGGAGAAAAGCUCAAAGACAGACGCCUAUAUUGAAUACUAUUUGUAUUGUUUGUUUUUUUUUUUAACUUUUUUUUUGCUUUUUUUUUUGUUCUACUUGGUUAUAGACGAAGUUAAUGUUGUUAAGAAACAUUUUCGGGCAGCACUGCAAUAGCAAAUCACUGAACUACUAUUUACAUAGUAGAUACAUACAUACAUACAUACGCUCCUUAAGUACACUCUUUAUUAAACACGUUCUACAAAUAUUCGAUUAAUUCAGCUUCUACUUGCUCGCACUUCCUUUUUUCCAAUACAGAUAGUAAGUGCAUACAUAAUUCGGUGCUCUUAGGUGCAUUUACUUUCCUUCUUAGUAUAAAACUAUUAUUUGUUAAAUA